GUAUUAGGCAGUCAAUUUAAGCUCCUUGCUUUAUCGCGAGAAGACAAUAACGUGUGAAGAAAUAUCAGAAAAAAUGUACCAAUUGUCCUAACAAAGUUGUUCUCGACGGAUCAAAGCAAAUAAUGAGUGACCAAGCCAUGAAGAUGAUAUCUCGUCAAGAUUUAGACCUCCUAAAGCGGCAAACCUAUUGUAAUUUGAAGGAACUACUCUUCAAGUGCGACAAAGACCAAAACUUUGAGCCCAUUCAUGAAUUGGGAGUCAGUAUCAAGUCCAUCGAUGGCAGACAAGUGCCAAUCCUAAACAUGGCCGUUGAGUCUGAAUUACUGCAUGUGGUCGAAUAUCUGGUUGACAAUGGAGUGAAUGCGGACGAGACUGAUACCGAGGGUAAUACUGUCCUUCACGCUUUGUCUCUGUGCAGAAUUAAGAAAAUCGCUUUUAAAAUCGAGGACUGGUGGGAAACAUUAGGGCACGGAUGGAUGCCCCUAAAUAGUGAGGACCAAUCACCGAUCAUUAAAAGCAGCUUUAACAACAACGAAAUAGCCACCAGCGUGUUGUUGUGGAGGCUAAAGAAGAACGACUUUAAUGGAGUGCCAGUGCUGCAAAUUGCAAUACGGAGAAAGUUUCACAAAGGACUAGAAGAACUGAUUGAGUGGCAUAGACGAAAAAAGGCAUCGCCAUUUGUUCUUACGUCUGGCACAGGCUUGAGCCCAUUUCAAGAGGCCAUUCGAGUGAAAGACAGCAAGGCACUUGUGUUGUUGUUUGCAGCCGAAGACCUCUUUGACGACAGGGAGUCUUUGAUUGAGGGAAUAGUCCCGGACUUGGUGGAUUGUGGUGAGCUUGAUAUCAUCUCAGUGGCAUGGAAUCACCUCAGAGGUUGGCAGAUUCAUUCUUUAUCAUUGUGGACAGAGUUCUAGUUGGCAUCCUGCAAUUUUUUCGGCCCUAGAUGUAUGUGCAUUUGACUUUAAGAGGAAAUCCAAGACAUUGUGAACCAAAUGCCCAGUAGAAUCUUUUGAGAACAAAAAUUGAAACCUUGCCAAAGCUGCGUGUUGCCAACUCUUUUGGAUGUCUUUUAACCAUUUCAUUAAUACCACACAUAACAAAAGAUGGGAAUAUGGAAUGUAUUGAAAAAAAAAAGCUAAGGAGCUAUUGCUUUCCAAAAACAAUUGCUGCCACAGAAAGCUUGAAGGAACUCUUGACCGAUUAAGUUUCAGCUGACCAACGCUAAGCGUGUUCACAUUCUUAUUUUACUUUUUCAGAGGAUUUGAAGACACACUAUAUCACAGUUUGGAAGAACAUUGCAAAGUUUCACGUUUCUGUGCAGAAUCAAGAGAGGGCAAGAAUGCACCACGAAUUAAAUGAUUGUCAAAUUCGACAAUUGAUAGGGCCACCAGGGAUUUUUAAUAAGAAAGAACAAAUUCAAUGGCACAAAUCGUCUCUACUGUGAGGCCGACAGUCUAGAUUCGUCAUUUUGGGCAAGGAAAAACACUAAACUUUGACGUCGACAAAAAUGGAAAUUUUGGAUUGUUAGCAAAGCAGGUUUUCGGUCCAGCUCUGACCACAGAGAUACACAGAGAGGAUAUGCUAGGGAGGCCGGCGUUAGAAUGUCAUCGGAGAGGUUGUCAGACCGCCAAGGGGACAAAGUUGAACCACCUUUCCCCGUCUACAACUGAGGUGAUCAAGAAAAAUAAUCACGGGAGGUUGCGACAAGGGCUACAAAUUUACAAUUUCAGUGGAAUAUGACAUCACUACUGGAAUGUCAGAAACACCAGUUAGCCUCAAAAGGAACCCUGAUUUUUCUUCUGUCAAACCAGGGUUGGCUCAAACUUAACUUGUUAUCACCUGGUGCUUUCACUUUCCAAGUUUUAUGGCAACCUUGAUUUUGAUUUUUUUUGGAUUCCAUCACUACCGUAUGCUGCCACCCCAAACAAAACAUUGUCAAGGCUGUAAUUAUGUGAAUUUUGGAAAUCCGUGGCAAGUUUGAAAUUUUGACACAAAGACUGUAUUUUCAAGGUAAAAAUCUAGUUCUUUUAGCUCCAAAAUAGGAACUCCCGGCCAGGCGCUUAGCUCUAUUUGGUCAAAACCAUUUGAUCUCCAUUGCUAAUGACUUGUUUCACAAAAGCAUUUCUGACCUUCAACUCAAGCAACUUAGCCUUUUUCCAAUCCUGCAAUCACAAUGAUUCUUGAGAUCUUAAUUCCAUUGAAUUCGUUCUUCUUGUUCUCAAAGUGUUGGUGCUAUCGGGCUUUCUGGAAUGAAACAAUGCCUGAGAUUUCAAUCCAAUAUCGAUUAUGAGGCGCUUGCUAACAAGGCAAGAUAUCUAAGAGAUCAUAUUCUCUUGGCCAUUGCCAAGGAUAUGAUAGAGGUAGCCCAAAGCAUCAUUGAUUGCUUGGAUCAGACAUUUUGUGAAAGCGACAAAAUUCGACAAAUCAAGAACAUGAGGACCAUUGUCUAUGCUUUGUAUGGAGAUGGUACUACACGCCUUGAAAGAAACCAUCACACAAUGACUCCCCUGGUGAUGACCAUCAAAAGGAAUCUUCCAAGCUUGACUGAAGCCCUCACCGAAAUCGAAUGGAAGUAUCUCAUGACAGAGCCCAUAAAUUCUACAAUCAGUCCAGCAAGAGUCCGAGCUCAUCAUGCCACAGAAAUUGCAGAGCCUCAACACGUGGAGCUUUGCCUCGGAUCAAGAAAACCAUCAGAUGAAAUUCUAGAAUAUUAUUUUGAGUUUCAAAUGCGAAGCUCGCCCUUGAAUCGUAAAAUCGAAAAACUGAGCUGUUCUCAAACAAAUCAAAUAUGGUUCUUAAAACAGCACCGCCAAUGGGCGGUGCAAGUUCUUAACCAUUCCAUCCUUCACCAAGUCACCAACGCUCUGGCCACUUUGGAUAUUAACAAACAGAAACAAGUUGUUUGCAUGGCGUCCUCGGAUAAUCUGUUGCAACUAGCUGUCACUUCUGGCAAGAGGCUAAUCAUUGGCGAGCUUUUGCACCAGGAAUAUCUUUGUCACAAGACAGACAAAUUGGAAGGCACUCUCUGCUUGAAAAAUCAAUUGGUGCACGAUAAUGACGUCAUCUACACUAUCGACACUUUUAGUUCAUUCUACCCUCAAACAGUGGAGUCGAUUUUUUUCCAAUUUGUGCUCUUUUACGUGAUACCAUGUCUUCUUGAGACAUUGCUGAUAUGUGUGGAUAUCUGGAAAGACAUGGACCUGACCAAGGAAUUGAACCGUCGGAGGAACGAUGACUCAGUCCAAGAAAUUGGGACCGAUUUUGAACUAGCCUUUGAAAUCAGCGUGACCAGUCAGUUUCUAACUUUGUUCGUUUCGAUCCCAAUUUGUAUUUGGAAAUUGAAGGAGCUUUGGAAGAAAAGAUUCAGGGAUAGCGAAAACUCUGAUGCUAAUGGUCCCACCUCAGGUGGAGUGAGACAAUCAUUCAUUAACAAAACAGGUUCAUCAACAUCCGUGACUAGACCUAAUAUUAUUGAAAUGAGCCAAAUACCAAAUGAAGAGACGGAAUCUUCCACAUCUGGCAUACCUGAAACAAGACAAACUCGUGGGGUCCAAAAAGGCGUGGCUAUCAUUCUAAAGACUGUUCCUCAUAUUUGCCCCAUAUUGUCAUUAUUACUUGCACCAUUAACAUUUGUAAUUUGUAUUUUUGGGGGCACAUCCUUGACAUUAAGCUUCACUUGGACUUCAAACAUAUUUUCUGCCUCGAUAAUCUUUGGCCUUGCUGUUGCCCGUGUGAUUACCAAAGGACAACUGGUAUUUGCCACAAAUACAUUGGAGCAAUUUGAUGAUUUGAACAAGCAAUUGCACCACCUUCAUAAGCAAUUUGUCUUGACAAUCAUUGGCGAAUCGUGUUUGGAAGCCACAGUGCAGCUCGGACUCCAGAUUUGGCUCCUUUCCCAAGAGAACUGUGCCUCUGAGUUGAGAAGGGGAUUCAUUUGGAGUGCCAUUCAAAUCGUGGCAUCCCUUAUUGAUGCUGACAGUGGGGUUAGCUCAUUUCAAAUUCAGCUUGUACUCAAGCUGUUUUUGUCUUGCUUGUCGAUUGUUAUCACCGUUGGAGGGAGCUACCGUCACUUAAAAAAACAGAGCAUGACAAUCAAGCACUUGGCCUUUAUUUUCCUCGCACUCCACUUUCAACUUUGGGCUCGAAUGAGUGUGAUUUUUGCUUGGUGCCAGCAAGAGGAUUACUCUGCAAAUUGGAAGAUUGCAGGAGUGGCCAUGUUUUUUAUGGCAAAUUCCCUCAUUGUGGCCAUUCUCAAGUUUAUAUUUCGGACCAAGAGAACCAAUCAUGAUAAGCCGACGGCUGGAUGGGAAAACAGGGUGACCACAAUUUUGGGCGUGGUUGCCAGUUCUCUAUUGUUGGUCAGAAUUCCCAAAGUGAAAAACAACAAGGAAAUCAUGUCCAAGGAGGGUUUUGACAUGCAUUUCUACUAUUUCCUCACAAGUCUCUGCUUUAACGUCUUCUGCGUAUUUUUGCUUUGGUGGUGGCAAAGCAACCAAGAUAGUCUGAUAACUACGUUGGUGGAAAUAUGCGUAUUAUCUCUUGCUGGAUUGGUGUGUCAAAUUUGUUACUACACUGUUUAUGGCCAUCCUUGGCGAACAACUGUUCGUCAAAGUUUCUUUGGUAAACAGAACAAAACUGUUGAAAAAUAAAUAUGAAGAUACAUCAUUUCCUGUAAUGGUUGAACUGUAGUUCCGCAAUUUAAACAAGGCAAUGAUAUAUUUUUCUGAUUCAA